AUGAAGCUCCAGGAAGCGGCGCUUCUCUGCGCCCUCUUGACCGUCGUCGCAGUUCAUUGCCAGAAGAACAAAAAGGACGAGGACAAGAAGGACGAGGAGUUCAGGUGUCCGGAAGGCCAGGGUAACGGGAACUUCGCCGACCCGGCUACCUGCAGGAGGUUUUAUCAAUGCGUCGAUGGAUAUCCCUAUCUGAACCGGUGCCCGUCGGGUCUGCACUUCGAUGACAUCAGCAAGUUCUGCACCUUCAAGAACGAGGCGCGAUGCGGACCCAUCGAGACCACUCCGGCACCGAUCACCGAGCCGCCGACGGACCUGGCUGAGCGAUGCGACACGUCCGAGUGCCAGCUUCCGUAUUGCUUCUGUUCCCGCGACGGCACGAUCAUCCCCGGCGGUCUCAAGCCGGACGAGACGCCGCAGAUGAUCAUCAUGACGUUCGACGGAGCGAUCAAUCACAACAACUUCGACCAUUACCAGAAGAUCUUCGCUCAAGACCGUGUGAACCCCAACAACUGUCCGCUGAGAGGCACGUUCUUCAUCUCCCAUGAAUACUGCAACUACAACAUGGUGCAGAGUCUGGCGCACGAUGGCCACGAGAUUGCCACGGAGACGAUCUCGCUACAGAAAGGCUUGGAGGACAAGGGUUACGAAGAGUGGGCCGGCGAGAUGAUCGGCAUGCGAGAGAUACUGAAGCACUUCAGCAACAUCUCAACCAGCGAGGUGGUCGGCAUGCGAGCGCCUUACUUGAAGCCCGGUCGAAACACCCAGUAUAAGGUGCUCGAGGACUUCGGUUACAUAUAUGACAGCAGCAUCGGAAUCUCGCCGCUGAAGGUGCCGAUCUGGCCGUACACUCUCGACUACAAAAUCCCGCACGAGUGUAAAGCAGGCACUUGUCCCACCAAGUCGUUCCAAGGUAUUUGGGAGCUGCCUCUGAACGCGCACUACGUGGAGAGCUACGAAGGCGGGCACUGUCCUUAUCUGGACCAGUGCGUUCUGCACAAUCACGAUCCCGAGGAGGUGUUCGAUUGGCUGCAGGAGGACUUCAACAGGUACUACGAGCAGAACCGAGCGCCGUACAUGAUGCCCUUCCACACCAAUUGGUUCCAGAUCAAGGAGCUCGAGCGCGGCCUGUCGAAAUUCCUCGACUGGGCAGCGACGCUACCUGACGUUUACUUCGUCACCGCCACGCAGGCGCUGACAUGGAUGACCGAUCCGAAACCGAUCAAGGCUUUACACAACUUCGAGGGAUGGUCGUGUAAAAAGAAAGAGAACCUGCCAGGGCCGCCGUGCAACAACCCACACAAGUGUGCCUUAGACUUCAAGCCCGCCGAAUCGAACUUCACAACGACGAGGUAUCUGGAGACGUGUAGAGAGUGUCCGAACAAAUAUCCGUGGUUAGGAGAUUCAAAGGGCACAGGGUUGUACAACGACAAUUACAAUCCUGGAAAGAAAUAGGAGCGUCAGUCGAGUGAGUUAGAUUUAAUUUUAGCGCAAGCGAUCCGUGUCUCUCGCCUGUUGUUAUCAAAGUGGAUACCGCGUGUGAUAUAUAUAUACAUAUAUAUAUCAUUAUAUAUAUAUAUAUAAUGACAAUUAUAACAGGUGUCUCGCUCUUCCUCCAGCGUCGGAAAAACUAUUGAUAAAGUAUGCCAAUGGUGUUUCGCUCUCAAUUGUAUGACCCAGCGUGCGUAAACUUGUACUUUUAUUCUCGUAUAGAGCACAUCUUGACAAUCGUUCACAGGCAUUUAUAACGUUAAGCGCGUACUGCUCGAUUUGGACUAUUAACAGAGAGAAAAUAAAGUGUUUCCAUGCUAUAUGUACAA